UGGAUGACAACGACGAGCGCUUGGUCGCUCGUGCGAAGACCCAUGCAAAGCCUGCAGUGGUAUUGACCCUUUCACGCCUACAGCCAUGUCCAAGAAAGAUGUAGACCUGCCUGACUGGUCUAAAUUGACGAGCGCUGUUAUCUCCCGUGCUUCUCAUGCCCUGACAGAGGCCAAACAACUGAGCAAUCAGGUCAUGUCCCAGCAAGAUGCAGACCCGCCCAACUGGUCGAAACUGUCAGACACUAUUCGCUCCCGUGCUUCUAAUGCUCUGACAGAGGUCAAACAACUCGCUCAGGACGUGUCCCAGAAAGACAUAGACUUGCAAAACAUCAACUGGUCCAAAGCGUCGGGUGAUGUUCUCUCCCGUGCGUCUGAUGCUCUGACAGAGGCCAAACGAUUGGUCAAUGAGGCCGUGUCCCAGAAAGAUCUAGACCUGUCCAAUGUCGACUGGUCUAAAGUAUCGGGCAAUAUCAACUCCCGUGCGUCUGAUGCUCUGACAGAGGCCAAAAAACUGGUCAAACAGGCAUCCAUAUAUUGCAACUGGAGUUCUGCUAUGACAAUUAUGUCCCGGCAAUGCCAGGAGAAACUACGGCCGUUCAUCAAGAUGAUUUAUGAUCUCGACUGGCCCAAACUGCGGGGUGCUAUUCUCUCCAGUGCUUUUUACGCUCUGACAGCGGCCAACAACUGGUCCAUCAGGCAUCCGUAUGUAGCAGCUGGAGCCUUGCUGUGCACCUCUGCAUCUGCAGAUCAUGAGGUCCUCCUUACAUCAUUGCAGCUCACGGGAAUCACCGCAUUGUACGUGUAUUUUCUCCCGGCACGGCCGAUUAUUUGGCUUCUUGGCUUCGGGAGUCUAGGAGUAAAGCAAGGUACUUGAACACAGUACUUUCCGGGUGCUAACUAAACACGCCUCGACAGGUUCAUUUGCAUCCCAAUAUCAGUCCCACCACUAUGGCGGUUCCGUGCCACGGGGCUCUGCAUUCGCGAAACUCCAGUCGUAUGGGGACCACGUCAUUGACAGCCAUGCCGAUGCUUGUCUCCUUGUUGUCAUACACUGGAGCUGUAAUUGUCUUGGGCAGGAAGUGGGGGUGGUGGUUGCAAUGAGAUGACUGGUCUUAUUUUGUGGGAGCUUGAUGGAUACUAUGGCGUUGGUAGUUGAUGCAUAUGGUACAGAUGUGUGUAGACAACAUUGAUAGAGACUGGUUUUGACCUUUCAUACUUGCAGCCUUAUCCCAACAAGAUCUAGACUUGCCUGACAUAGACUGGUUGAAGUUGUCAGACGUUGCGGUUCUUGUGCUCUGACAGUCAGAAU